GUCAUAGAGAAUUAAUAUAGUCUUGUUACAAGCGCCAUGAAGUCCGUUUACAUUAUUCUGAUAUUUACUUCUCUAGUUUCGGCAGAACCCGAAACUAUGAAUGUUAUUGAAAUUGGAAAUUGGAGUAUUGACAUAAAUGACAUUGUGGAUGGUAUUAUUCCUCAGAUUUCGCAAUUUAUUGUCGAAAAUAAUUUGGAUCCGCUCAAACUCCCAAAUACUGAAAAAAGAUUGUGGAUGGGGAAACCAAUGGUAGCCAACCAAGCUCCGAAGAUCGAACCAAAGAUAUAUAGAGCCGAUUUCCAUUUACACUCGGGAUUAUUGAAACACUUGUCCAAUUUGAAACGUUAUGGCAACGCCACUCUCAAUUACGAAAAUGAUUUAUAUUUCGAUGUUGGCUUCGAAUUCGAACUUUUAGAGGGAACGUACAAUUACACCCUAGAUUUGGUCUUUCUAAAUUUUAAAGGUCGCAUUACAGCUUUAACGGAAAACGUACGCUGUAAAAUUAACGUCAAAUCUGACCUAACAGAUCAGACUUUAACUCUCACCAAAUUUGAGUUACAAGUUCCAGGUAAAAUUGAUGUAAUAGUCGAACAUAAGAACGGAAAAGUAGAUUGGAUAAAUACGGUCAUCGUCAAUAUUAUAACUCCGUUCUUUAAGAAUGCGAUUGUGUAUACUGUUCAAAAUGAAGCGGCAAAUGCAAUUCAAAAAUAUUUCGAUGAGCUAAGCAAAACAACUGCUCAACAGAAACCAUUUGCUUUUCCUUCCAAUUAUUACCAACAUGAUGUAUCGAAUUAGAAUUGUGUGUGUGUAUGUGUGUGUGUGUGUGUGUAUGUGUGUGUGUGUACGUGU